AUGGUUCACAUUCCAGAUGCAAAUGCUCAGCCGCCCGAGUAUCACAAUGUGCUCAUCAUCGGAGCUGGUGUGACCGGCUUGGCGAUGGGCGCGCAGCUCAGAAUGAUGCUGGGCGAGACGGACGUCAGGAUCAUUGAGAGGUCCAAAGGCAUCGGAGGCACUUGGGUAAGUGGCAUUGUCUGCCUCGGUGCGAGCGUCGAUGGCUGGCUAGGUCCCCGCACCUCGGCCAAUCGUAGUUGGGCCGAGAAGAGCGACGAGUGACUGACUGACUCGAUCCUCUGACUGUUGCCUGAUCACCGCAGGAACAAAACACCUAUCCAGGUGCAGGAUGCGACAUUCCCAUCGUGCUGUACAGCUUCAGCUUUGCUCAAAAGAAGGACUGGCCCGAGUUUUGGCCACCUCAACACGUCAUCAGAGAUUACCUGGAAAAGGUCUCGGAUCGAUUUGAUCUCACGAGAAGGACGGUGGUGAACACUGAGGUAUCCAGCGCUCAUUGGGACGACGAGCUGGGCAUGUGGCACGUGUACACCAGACCUGCUAAAGGCCAAGACACGCAAGGAGGAGAGGACAAGCACUGGAUCUGCAGAGUUUUGAUCUCGGGCGUCGGAGGUCUCUCUCAGCGUGAGUAGUGUUGAGUGCCGGUGGCGCAGUAGUUGCUCAGACGCUUGGUGCUGAUCUCCCGACAUUGCAACGUUAGCCAACCCUUGCAACAUUCCCGGCCAUGAAAAGUUCCAGGGCCCGCUCUUCCACAGCGCGCGAUGGGAUCACAGCGUGCAAACCAAGGACAAGCACGUCGUCGUCGUCGGCAAUGGCUGCAGCGCCACGCAAUUCAUUCCCAUGUUGGCGAACGACGGCGCCAAGAGCAUCACGCAAGCUGUUCGAUCCAAGCAUUGGUACGCUAAGCGACCAAAUGACCCCACAGACUCGGCCGUGAUGAAGUGGCUCCUGCGAAAUGUGCCUGGUUUCUACCUGCUGGUCCGAGCAAUCGUGCACAUCGUGCUCGAAUUGUCCAGUGUGAGUAAGCGCUUACCAGGCUGGGUCCGGCAUUGAACCUCUCCUCACCUGGUCCUCUAUCUCGCGAUCACACCCUCUAGAUCAUGAUGUAUCGCCACUGGGCUGGCACUCAAGCCCGCGAGCGUUUUGCUCGCAACUGCAUCAGCUACAUCAAACAGGCCGCUCCAACCAAGGUGAGCAGCAUGGCCUGCUGCCAUUUUAUGUGUAAAGGUUGCUAGCAUGUUAACCAAGACUUGUCUCUUUCAGUACCACGACAUCCUUGUGCCUCAACCGGAGAAAGACGGGUUGCACCCAGGCUGCAAGCGUAGAGUGUUCGACACUGAUUACCUUCCAACACUCCAUCGGGACAAUGUCGAGCUGGAGAGCUCUCCUUUGGUGGAGAUCAAGGAAAACAGCGUGCUCACAAAGGACGGUCGUGAGCUGCCGGCUGACGUGAUUGUGCUCGCGAACGGCUUUGCGGUGAGUGGUGCUGAUCGAAGUGCGGUCCCACACGUCCAGUCGACUGACUUGACAGUCUUUCUCGCUGCUGUUCAGGUCACCAACAUGGGGUUCCCCAUGAAGAUCUAUGGCAAGACCGGCAAGACUGUUCAAGACUAUUGGGCCGAGGCAGGCGGUCCAGGUUGCUAUAGAGGAUCGAUGAUGUCCGAAUUCCCCAAUUUUGCGCUGGCCAUGGGUCCCAACACAGGCACUGGUCACUUUAGCUACAUCUUCACGUCUGAAUGCUCCACGCGCUUUGCUAUCGAAAUCUUCAAGCCGAUUAUUCAAGCGCCGAGGCCUACCGUCUUCAACGCCAAGGCGCCAGGUGCAAAGAAGCAGCCUUCCGUUUGCGUUCGACCCGAGAAGGAGGAGCAAGAGCAGUGCUGGAUUCAAAAGCAAUCGAGGAGCAUGGUGUACACCUUUGACUGCGGCAGCUGGUACGUCGACAAGGAGUCUGGACGCGUAGCGGCGGUGUACCCGCAGACCCAGACGCAAUUCUGGAUCAGAGCUUCCAACCCGAUCUAUAGCGACUUUGAUUACAAGGGCGUCAAGGCGCCCAGGACUUGGUUCACAGGCAUCCGAGAGACGAUUGGCUGGGGAGGUAUUCCCAAGCAGACGCCAGAAGAUCUCAAAAAGUUCAGAAGCGGCGAGUGGGCGGUAGGCAAGCCCAAGGGCAAGGAGAUCUAG